AGAAUUCGAACAGCGUCCACAACAAGGUGUCUAGACGAGAGCUAUUUCACGCUGCCGAAGGUGGGGUGGCGUGAGAGCGGGAACGGGGCGGUGUCGUUCACUCGCGGGAAAACAGAAGAGGCGGGGUGUCCAGAGCGCGCAUGCGCACCGUAAGUGAAUGGCGGUCUGGAGAGACUGGCGGAAGCCAGCUUCGCAACAUGGCGGCCGAACCAGACGGUCCGCUCAAACGGGUGUUGGUGCCGAUUCUUUUACCUGAGAAAUGCUACGAUCAAAUUUUCGUCCAGUGGGACUUGCUUCACGUCCCCUGCCUCAAGAUUCUCCUCAGCAAAGGCCUGGGGUUGGGCAUUGUGGCUGGGUCGCUUCUGGUAAAGCUGCCUCAGGUGUUUAAAAUACUGGGUGCCAAGAGUGCUGAAGGACUGAGUCUCCAGUCGGUAAUGUUGGAGCUAAUGGCAUUGACUGGGACCAUCGUUUACAGCAUCACCAACAACUUCCCCUUCAGCUCUUGGGGUGAAGCCCUGUUCCUGAUGUUCCAGACAGUCACAAUCUGCUACCUGGUUCUGCACUACCGAGGAGAGGCUGUGAAAGGUGUCGCUUUCCUAGCCUGCUACGCCCUGGUCCUGCUGGUGCUGCUCUCGCCACUGACGCCCCUGGCUGUAGUCACCCUGCUCCAGGCCUCCAACGUGCCUGCCGUGGUGGUGGGGAGGCUGCUCCAGGCAGCCACCAACUACCGCAACGGACACACUGGCCAGCUCUCAGCCAUCACAGUCUUUCUGGUCUUUGGCGGCUCGCUGGCCCGAAUCUUCACCUCUAUACAGGAAACUGGAGACCCCCUCAUGGCUGGAACCUUUGUGGUCUCUUCCUUAUGCAAUGGUCUCAUCACUGCCCAGCUCCUCUUCUACUGGAAUGCAAAGGUUCCCCCAAAGAAGAAAAAGCAGCAGUAGGGCUAAAGCAGCUACUGGAGUGCAUUCCGUGUUCCUGU